AUGUUCAACGUGGAUGCGUCAAACUAUGCACUGAGCCGACAAGCCGAUUGGUUUGAUGAUUUCCUCAGUCACGACUGGCACACCUCCCGCUUUUCGAAGCUUUGCACCCUCCUCGUCGUCUACAACUCGCGUGCAGCGCUUUUGGCAGCUUUUCUGGCUUGUCCUCUGAUUGCUUUCAGUCGGACGGUGGGAGUGCUGCCGAACGAUCGGCUGAGCUCGUGCUUAGUUUACGUAGUGCACCUGUUUGUCUUGUGCUUUUGGCAGAGACUCCGCAGCAUCCUGCGCCCACCAAUCAUGGUCUUCCUGGACAAGCUCUGCAUUGCCCAAAGUCCAGAACAAGCCGAGCUGAAGGAGAAAGGUAUUCUUGGAUUAGCUGCCUUCUUGAACCAUUCCAAGCGACUUGUGGUGCUGUGGUCGCCAAGGUACUUCAGCCGAUUAUGGUGCGCAUACGAGAUUGCGGCCUUUCUCACGGAUCACAACAAGCACAAGCACAUAUUAAUCAUGCCGGUUCAUGCCGGCAUCACCAUCCUUUUGGCCUUCUUCUUUUUCAGCUGGAUGUCGUCCUCUUUGCUCGUCGUUCUGGGGUUGCUCCGAUACGGUGCUCUCGGAUUUCAAUUGGGCCAGGACAAUAUAUGGAUGGUGGUUGGAGGGGCGAUGGUUUGGGUAAUUGUUCCCGCCAUUUUAGUCGGAGUGCCUUUUAGCACCUUGAGUUUGCGCAUGGCCAAGCACCUGCAUCGCGUGCCAAAGCAGCUGAAGACCUUUGAUGUCCAGAGUGCCGCAUGUUUCUGUUGUGCCAAUGACCACAAGCACCCGGACACAGGAGCAGACAUCCCGUGUGACCGAGAGUUGGUCUACCGCAAACUGGCAGCGUGGUAUGGCCGCCCCACGGACACCGACAAAGAGCACCUGGAUCGGUUCAACUCCCUGGUCCAUCACAGGUUGGGACGCUCCGUAAUCAGACAAAUGCCGCAUGCCGUCCCCACCGCGCCUCUCAUGUGCAUGCUUGGUGCAUCCACCAUGCCGUGGCUGGCGGAUGUCAUAGAGAGGAUGCUUUGGCGUCUUCAAGUAGACCAGGACGCAUGCAAUCGAUGCGAACUUCUAUACUAUGUUUGGAGCCAUGUUUUUCUCGAAUGGGCCUUUGUGGUCACAGUGGUUUUUGUAACAGGACUCCUAGCUGUGACACUGUCGACGGUCGCUGCCCGUACGUUUCCAAAUAUCCGGCACGCUUGGCGUCUUGGCGUGUUGGUGUUCAUGCUCUUUGUUGCUCCUGGAGCGAUUCUAAGCGGUAGCUUUUUCCUGUUGUUGUGGACCGCGGAUACUGUGUGGCCUCCAACCAUCGUCUUCGUUGUAGCACUGCUCCUGGGAUCAUGCUUUCUGCGGCCGAACCUCACAAAGAAGCGACUAGCAGGUGCGAUUGAAGAGCUCGAAUCCGACGUUACACCUACGGCUACCCCUCAGCCGAGUUUUUCCACACCGGAAGCGGGCGAUGGGUCGAUUUUCCGCAUGCCAUCCGACGUGUCCGUCUGGUCUGGCGGUUUUAGGAUUUGA